AUGUAUGCUGAUAAUGAUGCAGAUCAUGAGCUGCUCGUAGGUCCAAUUCAAUCCGUGCUGAACCCUCACGCAACUUGUUUCGGUAAAUGUGCAUUGUUUCUCGAUCCAAAUGAUCGGAAGAAGCUUCUCGAGGACACGCUUCUUGGCGACAUUGAUGUGAAGCAAGAUAUGCUGCGUGAUCCUAGCAAGGUACUGUUUGUACGCCGAGUGUUCGCACAAUCAUUGGAUCUCUUCCACAAUGCUCAUGAUAUUUUCGAAAGCGAAUUAAGAUGUCUGUGGGUUGGCUUUGAGGCCAAGGUUGCGUGCAUGCACCAAAGCAUUGGAACUGCCCGGCACUUAAGUCAGGGGCUGGCUCAGAAGUCUGCGAGCGGCGAGGCAGAUCUUGAUGUUCUUUAUGCGUAUGCCAAACUAGAGCUCACUUUGCGAAACGAAAUCCGAGUACGACGCAUCUGUGAGAACACAUUGAAGUCGCUCAUGAAUGGAAUAUCAAACGAUACGCUAUUGCUCAGGGCCAUGCAUCGCUUUGUUUUUCUGUACGCACGGCUCGAAAUGUGGUCGUCGGCCAGCAAGAUUAGUGUUGGUAGGAGAUCCCGAGCGCUCCGGUGUUUGUAUACGCUGUGGAUCGUGUGGCAACCGGUGCAAUUGGACGGCAGCGAGAUUGCUACGCUUUCGACGAUCACAAAAAAACACCGAAAACGAACCGACGAGUACUUGCAGGAGAUUUUGAUGUCGGACGCGUCGACGGCAACGAACCUGAUUGCCAGAUAUCGAGAAGAGCUCAAGCUCGCCUUUCGACAUUGCAUCGCAUCAACCUUGGCAGGUGCAGAGCGUGGCAUGACAGAGCUUGACCUGCACGGUCAAUUGACAUGCUGGGCGGGAUACUGCUUGCACAACCUGGCUCUCGUCGUCUACAUAUAUGACGGGUUCGAGGCAGCUUGCCGAGAGUAUCGUGAGGCGUUAAAUGACGUUGAGCACAAGAUGUGCCCGAAUAUGUCAUGGGCAUGGACGUGCUUUUUGGAAUUCAUGCAGCAGCAUCAAGUUUCAGGUUUGUUUCCUGUACUUGCGCCUCGUGAAUGGCGCCUAUCAGUUCAUGAUGCAGUAAAUAAGUUUCCGUACAACGAAUUAUAUCUCCGGCUUUUUGUCGACUCUGAAAUGGGAAAUACGAUCUCGCAAGUGCAUCGCACGUAUUUCUUACAAAUUGAAAAGCGCUGGCGACGCCAUUUUGAUUCACCAAGAUUGGUAGAGUGCUUGUUUGCACUGCUAUGUGAGUUUAGCCGCGUUGAGCGAGCCGUGAUGGUGAAGAGUUUUGCCGAGACCGACAGCAACUUCACGCGUCCGAGUUGCUGUCUCUUUCAUCACUGGGACAUGAAUCUGACGGCUGUGAAUCGCGUUCGGCAAAUAUUCGAAAAUAUGGUCAACCAGAUUCAGACAAAAGGAAAUGCACUUUGCUGGAGGUUAUACAUGCGCUUCGAGGUGGCAUUGGGAAAGAUCGAUGCGGCGAAAAAGGUGCUGUAUCGUGGAAUUGCAGCUUGUGCAUGGAGCAAAGCACUUUACAUGGACGGGUUGCGCGUGAUGCGUGCGUAUAUGACUGAAGACGAAUGCCAAGAACUUCUCGAUUUUAUGGAGUCGAAAGAGCUGAAUCUACGCGUUGAGUUCGAAGACGCAACUGAUGGAUCAUAG